AUGAUGAUUGCGAUUCCAACGUCACCAAUGAGCGCACGCGGCGGACACCGCGCCGUGACGCCUCCUGCGCCUGCACCGAUCACUCGCGGCCUGUGGUCGGAACAGGAACACGAGCAGUUCCUCCAUGCUAUGAAGAUGUUCCCAACGGGUCCAUGGCGCUCGAUCGCUGCUUUCAUCGGCACGCGAUCCAUUAAACAAGUGCAGACGCACGCCCAGAAGUACCAGCAGAAGAUCAACCGCCGACGUCGCGGACUCCGAAAACAAAAGAAGAAAUUCGUGCGGCCGGAGCACCGCGUGGACGCCGACGCAACAGGCUGCAUCCAGCGCGUCAAGAACUUUGCCAUGCAAGGAUCGCCCCGCUCGCCGUCGUCGUUCCCCAUGGGCGCCAUGUCCCCGCUCAGCGGCACCUUUGGCCAGCUAUUGACGGGCGCGUGCAGCCCCGUGGCAAGCGAAGCCAGGAGCUGCACGAGCAGCAGCAGCACGAGCUUGGACGUAGAUUUCGAACUUAUGGACAUGGACGCACUCAUGGGCGACAUGGACCCGCUGCCGUUCACGUCCGGGGUAUCCUACGAGGAAGUCUUAGCCGACGAAGCGUAUCGACAAGACGUGCAAGAGUCGAUUGACUUGCUGCUUGCCUAA